AUGGCGAGGGCUCUGCUUAGUGGCCUGCUUCUCUUGGGGCUCCUUGGCCUGGAUGAGGGGAAGAACGAGGAGCUCAACCUUUAUCACCAUCUCUUUGAUAAUUAUGACCGAGACUGCCGGCCAGUUAGGAGGCCAGAGGACACGGUCACCAUCAGCCUCAAGGUCACCCUAACCAACCUCAUCUCACUGAACGAAAAGGAGGAGACUCUCACAACCAAUGUCUGGAUUGGAAUUGACUGGCAUGAUUACCGGCUCAACUUCAGCAAGAACGACUUUGCAGGCGCAGAAGUCCUGCGGGUCCCUUCAGAACUUGUGUGGCUGCCAGAGAUUGUGCUAGAGAACAAUAUUGAUGGGCAGUUUGGCGUGGCUUACGAAUGCAACGUUCUGGUCUACGAGGGAGGCUAUGUGAGCUGGUUGCCCCCUGCCAUCUACCGCAGCACCUGUGCAGUGGAGGUCGCUUACUUCCCCUUUGACUGGCAGAACUGCUCUCUCAUUUUCCGCUCUCAAUCCUACACUGCUGAAGAGGUGGAGUUCGUCUUUGCAGUGGAUGACGAUGGCAAGCCCAUCAACAACAUCGACAUUGACACGGAAGCAUUCACUGAAAAUGGAGAGUGGGCCAUUGACUUCUGCCCAGGCGAGAUUCGCCGCUACGAAGGAGGCUCAGCAGACAGCCCGAGAGAAACUGACAUCAUCUAUACACUCAUCAUCCGCCGCAAGCCGCUCUUUUAUGUCAUUAACAUCAUCGUGCCCUGUGUGCUCAUUUCGGGCCUGGUGCUGCUUGCUUACUUUCUGCCCGCACAGGCCGGGGGUCAGAAAUGCACCGUCUCUAUCAACGUCCUGCUCGCCCAGACCGUCUUCUUGUUCUUAAUUGCCCAGAAAAUUCCAGAGACUUCUCUGAGCGUGCCGCUGCUGGGCAGGUAUCUUAUUUUCGUCAUGGUGGUUGCCACGCUCAUUGUCAUGAAUUGCGUCAUUGUGCUCAACGUGUCUUUGCGGACACCCACUACUCAUGCCGCAUCACCGAGGCUGCGCCAUGUCUUUUUAGAGUUGCUGCCACGCCUCCUGGGCUCGAGUCCGCCCCCAGAAGCUCCGCGGGCCGCACCAGCAAGGCGGGCUUCCUCGGUGGGCAUUCUGCUCCGCGCGGAGGAGCUCAUUCUGAAAAAGCCGCGGAGCGAGCUCGUGUUUGAGGGGCAGAGGCACCGGCAUGGAGCCUGGACUGCUCCCCUCUGCCAGAGCCUAGGUGCUGCAGCCCCUGAAAUCCGCUCCUGUGUGGAUGCUGUGAACUUUGUGGUCGAGAGCACACGUGACCAGGAAGCCACUGGAGAGGAAGUGUCUGACUGGGUGCGUAUGGGGAAGGCCCUUGACAACAUCUGCUUUUGUGCUGCCCUGGUGCUCUUCAGUGUUGGUUCCAGCUUCAUCUUCCUUGGGGGUUACUUCAACCAAGUGCCUCAACUCCCCUACCCACCGUGUAUCCAACCUUGAGCCUGUGCCUGUACCCAUUCAGCCACCCCUACCCCCAAAGCAAGAAAUAAGAUUUUGAGAACACAGGCAGCUGCUAUUCUGUUGUUCCCUUCCCA